UACUUUAGCAGAAGUUCACCGGAUGAGAUUGCAUCGUCCACUUCAUCCCGACAAAAGAAACAUGUACAAAAUCGCGGUGUUCGGAUUAUUGUUGUUGUGCGCGAGGUCAUGCGUUUCCGGUGAAUGUAACGACGGAAAAAUAAAGUACGAAAUUGUGCGAUUCAAUAAAAUGCAAAUGGUUCCGACGAACUAUGAAUCUGACGUGAUCACCAACGAUGCGGAGGCGUAUUACGUCAACAUCACCGGCCCGGUCCGUAAGUUUUGCCAAGGAACGAUCGACAUACAAGUGAGGAGUUACCACUUUUGGUGCGACGUCCCAAGCUUGGAGGAAAUUGAGAGCGGAGCGUUCGAGAAGCAGAACAUCCAGGAACAGAUUAGGAUAUCUUUGUCGCAAGUCACCGUGAUUAAAAGUAAGACGUUCCACGACAUGCCGGCCAAAGAAAUCGCUUUGUUGAAUAACAAAAUUGAAAAAAUUGAGGACGACGCAUUUUCCAAUCUGCCCAACUUAACAACUUUGUAUUUGUCCGACAACGACUUGACGGAAUUGAGUCCGAAAGCAAUUGUUAACACACCGAGCCUAAGGUGGUUUGAUAUUGGUGGAAACAAAUUGAAGAAACUGAGUGCGGACUUCUUCAGCUUUUUCAGCAAAGGCCAAAUAACAGGGAUCGGGAUGGAUGGCAAUAAUUUAGAGGAAAUCGAUCCCAAAACGUUCCAGGACGUAAAUGUUUAUGCUUUGAGUUUGUCCAAUAAUUCACUGAUUCAAAUUCCCGACAGUCUUUUCGAAAGUAAAAGUUUGGCAGACCUGCAUCUGGAAGAUAACAAGUUGACUAGUUUAAGCGAAAAAUUUUUUGACGUCAAAACAUUUAUUAACGUUAAUUUGACCGGAAACGAUUUGAAUUGUGAAACUGUACAAAAACUAAUAAAUUUUGCUGAAAAGAAUGAUUUUCUGAAUGAGGAUAAAAACACUCAGAACUUUUUUACUUUCAAACGUUUACUUUUUGAUAUUAAAGAUUGUUAAAGAUUUUAAUAAAUAUACAUAGUUAUAGGAAAUUAACUUAAGGUCAAUUGGUAAAACUAAAAAACACAUUGUAAACAGACGCUGGUGUGAUUUGUGUGAAUAUCCAAUUAACCUGACCGCAUUAAUAAUCGGCCAAUGAGCGACUGGUGUAUAUUGGGGAAUCAUUGACAGAGCGGCCGAUGUGUUAGUAAAUAAACCAGCGGGUUAAUUGGCCGGAUUGCAGCAGCUACGAGCCUGCGAAUUGGCUAUUAGCAGGAGCCAAACACACACACUCCGGGCCCUGACCGGAGCCAAACUGACCUCUGGCUUUGGACCGACACCGGCUUCGUUAAAGGGAACUUAAUGCCCGGCAAAACGGUUUUAGACUGGCCAAGAACACCUGGAAUAUUGUUUUAAACCCAAUUUAUGUUUCAUUAAAUUAACUCUGGGAUUUUUAUUAACAAACAAUUUUACACUGUACACGUAAAUAAAAAUAAUAAAACAAUAAA